AUGCCUUCUAUUGGACAUGCUUUUGCUAUUUGUACAACCUUACCUUUUGUAUUUCAAAUGUUCGCCACCUUUUCGGUCCCCUUUACAAGGAACUUCUAUUUAGCUGAUUUCGGAGGCAUUAAGUUCGGUGUGUUUGGUUGGUGUAAUAAUGCGACAAAUAUAUGCAGCAAUGCUGCUCUAGGUUACGAUUUUUCGUUGCUAGGCGACCAUGCCCCAUCUACUUUUCCAAAUCGCGCGAAGUUGUCUUUGGCAACAUUACUGGUUGUACAUCCAAUUGGGCUUUUCUUGACGUCGGUUCUAUGGCUAUCUUCUAUAUGCGUCGGAUUCUUUCAAUCUUCCUAUAGGCCGCUAGUUAUAAUCAUAUUUUGGUCAGUGCUUACCUACAUUCACACUGUGCUCUGUUUUCUUGUCAACGUGAUGCUGUUUUUCCCGUACAUGAACUGGCAAGGAUGGGCAAUGCUGGGGAGCUCAUUCCUGGUGAUGCUAAGCUCCUCUCUGGCCUGUUUGCUACGGCGUAAUGUUUCUUAUAAGGAUUUUGAGAGGCGGGCAAGGAUUGAGGAUAUCGAAUUGUACCCGCUCAGUUAUAGUAACGCCUCUCACAGACUAAACGAGGACCAUGAAGAGCUAUUGACACCCAUAGACACCGAGAGGAGUAUUCCAGAAGGUAUAUCCAGCAGGAAGAAGAAGAAUGAAGAUUUUGAGCUCAUCGAACUGACCUAG